CGCUGUUUCUGUGUAAGUUUGUUUGUUCGAUUAUCCUAUAAAACAACCACUGAAUAAAUAACACAUCUGUCAUCACUUUCUCUUACAUACCCGUAAUACGAUCCCUUUUGUUUUCAUCUUCAUUUCUCACAUAGACACCUACCAAUCACACAGCUAUGGCUCCUCAUGGCGAGGGAUCGGAGGAAGCCAUGGUUGUUCAAGAUGAGAAUCGCAAACCCAUCUCUUCCAUCCUUAUCGUUAUCGCUAUGCAAACAGAAGCCAUGCCUAUUGUUAACAAGUUUCAGCUCAAAGAGGACCUUGAUUCUGUGUUUCCAAAAGGGGUGCCUUGGGUUAGAUAUCAUGGCGUUUACAAAGAUCUCCAUAUUGACUUAGUAUGGCCUGGAAAGGAUUCAACUCUGGGGGUUGAUAGUGUGGGCACAAUUUCUGCAUCUCUUGUGACCUAUGCCGCUAUCCAAGCAUUACAGCCAGACUUAAUUAUUAAUGCAGGCACUGCUGGUAGUUUUAAGGUCAAAGGAGCAUCCAUCAGUGAUGUGUUUCUUGCAUCUGACGUUGCUUUCCAUGACAGAAGAAUCCCUAUUCCUGUUUUUGAUCUCUAUGGAGUUGGCUCAAGGCAGUCUUUCUCAACACCUAAUCUCUUGAAGGAGCUUAACCUAAAGGCUGGGAAAUUAUCUACUGGAGACUCUCUGGAUAUGUCCCCACAAGAAGAAGCAUCAAUUGUUGCAAAUGAUGCUACAGUUAAGGACAUGGAGGGAGCUGCUGUUGCUUAUGUGGCUGAUCUUUUGAAAGUCCCUGCAAUAUUCAUAAAAGCUGUGACUGACAUAGUGGAUGGUGAAAAGCCAACUGCAGAGGAGUUCUUGCAGAAUCUAGCUGCAGUGACUGCUGCACUUGACCAGGCAGUCACCCAAGUAGUUGAUUUCAUUAAUGGAAAGUGUCUCUCUGAACUUUGAUAUGAUGUGACCUUCACUGCCUGAUUCUUUUGAAGAUACAUGUGAGGAAGUGUCAGAUGAACCAUUGUUCUAUGAGAUAUACAAAAUAGGUUUGAAAUAUGAUAUUCAGCUUAAAGUCGCCAUAGUUCAUAGUUUGAGUAGGACCAAUGCUCUUAGGUCUGGUGAUUUGGUUUCUGUUUCCCACACUCGACCAAGGUUCAAGCAUUGGUUCCAACAUGGUAUGAGUAGGUAUAUACCGUUAAUCUGCCAAAAAGUUGAUAUGCUGAUUGUUAUUUGUUCAACGACACAGUUUGGAUUAUCUGGUUCUAAGCAAAGCGUGGGUCAAGUCCACAUCAUGUGGUCUUUCUGCAAUUGGGUGAUGGUUGCAGCGGGGAAGCUUCUUAUAACAGAAGAAAAAAGGUAUAAUCAAGGACUCUGCAGUUAGUUUCUAUAGUUUGGCAGUGAAGCUAGUUUCAGUGAAAGAGAUGUCGUGACUGCUUAUGUUCAGUUGCAUGAACUGGCAUUUGAAUUUUUCGAUGACAGGCAUUGUAUAUUCUCAUUACUAUUGAUAUACAUUUGCACAAAUAUAUUCAUGGUUU